AUGCCAGAUCUGGUGGAGGAAUGUACCCCAUUCGUCCCGAGAUAUAUGCUGUUGGAAGAUCCGGUUCCAGAACAAUCAAUCAAGCCCAAUGCACGAUCAUACCAGAAGGGAGUUUCACUCGGCCUGUCCUGGGGCAGUGCUGCGUUGAACCUCAAAACCCUCAAUACUCUCCUAGCGAGAUGA